UGGCGGUUGUCAGGGGACGUUUGAGUUGACGGAAGUUUCCAUCGAGUUGCGGCUCUUUGACACUGAAACUAAAAGUGAUUAUUCGCAGUAUUUUGACCCUAACAUCGGUUUCUGGAGCUUUCUUCAGCAGCUAAUUACAUUCUGCCUUUUUUUUUUUUUUUUUAAUAAAUAUAAAAAAACUGACCCUUAGCAGUGUGAUGCUAACUUAGCCACGCAGCAGAACUAGUAGCGACAACAACAUGGCACAGGUUCUCCCUCCCGGAUCCAUCGUAGUGGCUGACUGGCAUCGAUGUAAAGACAGCAAAGAAUAUUUCAGCAAAAUCCUGCACAAGAAGAGACGCAAACACUUUGGCCUGUUGGAGUCUCCAGUGAUGCCCCCACAUGUAGCUGUGGACACUGUUCACUAUAAGAUCUUCAUCUCUGGCAAGACUGGAGUUGGGAAAAGUGCUCUCGCUGCACGCCUUGCAGGCCUGAAUACUCCCAGCAUGCACUAUGAAACCACAGGUAUUGAAACGACAGUGGUGUACUGGCCAGUGAAGCUGAGAGAAAGUGGCAGAGUGCUUUUCUUCCGUCUGCAGCUGUGGGACUGUGGGGAGAACGCCCUGCGUAGAUUUGACCAUUUGCUCCCAUCCUGUAAAGAGCAGGUGGACGCUGUCCUUUUCCUGUUCUCCUUCACUGACAGGACGUCCUUUGAUGAUCUGUCAAAUCAAAUCGCCAAAUGGACUGAGACGUCUGUGGGUCGUGUUGUGAAACUGGUGGUUGGCACAAAAUUUGACCUUUUCAUGCACUGUGAUGUGGCAGAGAGAGAUGUGAGGGACUUCCAGGAGACAUGGAGCAUACCGGUGCUGCGUAUGGGCGGGGAGGUCAGCGACGGGCUGGGUGACGUUGCUCCCCUCCUCAACUGCCUGGCAGAGAACCUGUGGCAUCAGGACUGCGUUACAGCCGGAUCAGCCAGCUACCAUUCACAGCGGGAGACAGUGAACCCACCCUAAUACCCAACAUGUUGUUGAGGAGGCAGUUGAGGUGAACUGAGUCUAGGCAAGGUCAGCCCUGUGUAGGAGAGCUUGACCUUCCUCAGGAUGAGACUGUUGUUUAGGUAAAUUAACUAUUGCGUCUAAUGCACUGCGGUCACAGAUUGAGGUUUAUUGUGAAAUGUCUUAAUUCUCUCAUUUAGUGUCAGCAGACUGUUGGGCAGUAUUAAUAUCAUGAUAUAUGACCAGAUAUUGUCCGGGACUGUGGUUACAUUAAUGUGAUGAAGAUAGAAUCGUCACUACCGAGCUUUCCUGGUCUUAAAGAUUGAUGACGUGAACAGUGAGUGCUGUUGGUCAUCAUGUCCGUAACACUAUAAUAUUUAGAAAGAAAAGAAAGUAGAAGGUCAAAUGUAAACGUUUGUAUUUGUUGUGCUCUUGAUGCCAUUGUCUGUAUUGGAGCACAAUAUUAGUGUAAUAAUAUUUCUAAUUUGUAUGUGACGGCUCCAUUCCUCUUUGUUUGUUCAUGGAUUCUUGUUAAUGUCAUCUGAAAACACUCAAAGCGUUGUUUCGCGUUAGAGUUACUGUGAUAAAUAUUUGUCAGUAUUUCACAGUGCGAAGAUCAAGUCACCGUCUUUAUUCAGUUGAUGCAUUUUUCUUGCAUUAGGCUGAUCUGAUGAAGUCAGAAAAACAUUUUCUAAAAAUUAAAAAAA